GGUACUACCGGACUCGAGUGUCGUGGGCUCAGAUAGACGUGCCGCGGAGUGCCAUGGGGUACUAUUGGAGUCAAGUGUCGUGGGCUCAGAUAGAUGUGUCGCGGAGGGCCGUGGGUUCUUGGAACCGCAUCGUGCCAUGUUUUGUUGAGCUUUGCGCCUAUGCGUCCAUGUUGUUUGCCAUAGUGAGUGGUUGCAGGGCCAUUCUUCCUGAUCCAACAAAUGCAGCCAAUGUCCCAGGUUCUCGUGGCAAUGGGGGUGCGGAGGUGACACCUGAGGUGAACCAUGAAGGCUUGAGCCCGAAGGUCAAGGCUAUGUGGAGCCUUCCAGGGGCGAAGGUGCUGGUGAUUGUCAACCCCAAAUCAGGUCAUGGAAAAGCCAAGAAAGUGCUUUGUUCUCAUGUUCUGCCCGUAUUUGAGUUGGCGGGAUUACGCUAUUCCGUGCUUGAGACGAGUUGCCCGAGGCAUGCUGAGAGGCUAGCUGCAGCAGCUGAUUUGUCGAUGUGUUCUGAUGGUAUUGUCUGUGUUGGAGGUGACGGAAUUGUUAAUGAGGUUUUGAAUGGACUAUUCUCUCGUAAAGAUUCUGCGCAAGCCAUGGAAGUUCCAAUUGGCAUUAUUCCUGCUGGCUCAGAUAAUUCUCUUUGUUGGAGUGUCCUAGGGAUACGAGACCCGAUCUCUGCUGCUAUUUCCAUUGUGAAGUCGGAACUUGACGAGUACUUAUCAUUUCAGUGGUAUUGGAGCUGGUUCCCGCUGCACCUACUCGGAUUUCAGGCGCUGGCAAGGAGGCCAGCACUGAAAUGAUCGAAGUAUACAUCAAUGAACAUUCACAUGAGAG